GUCAGAGCAUGUCAAAACUUCUCCAGGCCCCAAAUCAGCCUCAGACUCCAGAGGGUUAAUCCAUGAAAACUGAUAUUAAAUGUGAAAUAUAAUUUACAAACACCGUGUCUUUAAAUGCUCAUUCCAAUUUCCCAUCCCUUUGAGCUGAGGUUGGAUCCAAUUUCCCAUCCCAUAAUUUCCCGUCCCUGAUUGGUUGGCCUUUUCCUCAGUCCAAUUUCCCAUCCCUUUGAGCUGAGGUUGGAUCCAAUUUCCCAUCCCUUAAUUUUCCCGUCCCUGAUUGGUUGGCCUUUUUCUCAGUCCUCUUUCCCAUCCCUUUGAGCUGAAGUUUGACCCGAAAGAGCAUAAAAGGCUUCUCCCCCCGACAAUCUUUGUCAUUCAUUUACAUUUUUUACACCUGCACCACACUUUCUAUCACCCUACACCCUCACUCACUGCACCACGGUUGCCGACAACUUCCGCACUUUUCUUUCGCUGUUUGAUUCUGCACAUCUUGAUUCUUCACGGUUAUUAUUAUAUAUUAUAUAUUUGAUUUUGUUACUUUAUUACUUUAUUAUCUAUAUUUAUAUAUCUAUAUAUCUAUAUCUAUAUAACUAUAACAUAUAUACAUGCCUGUCAGCGACUGCCCGCUGUGCCACCGUGGCUACAGCCAGCUGAGCCAGCACCUGGGGUUGAGCCACGGUGUCAGGAACAAGGCCGAAAGGAAGCUGCUACUGGCCAUUCCAUCCGGGAGGGUGGACGUUCGCAAGGGCACCUGCCCCCUGCCCGCCUGCGGUAAAUACACCUCCGCCACCUGGCCACCCACACCGAGAUCAUGGUCGCGGCCCGCCGGCAGGCCACAGAGACCCUCAAAUGGAAAAAGAUCAUGGAGGGUCUCGCUCAGCUGCGGGCCAGCAACACGGCCAUGGCCAUGGUCUCCACUCUGGACGUACAUGGCGCUCGAGGACCCUAGCGUUCCUAUGGACGAGGAGGAGGCGGCAAGGCAGCAGAGCACCUGCAACGACCCCAGCUGCCGGGGAGGAAAAGGAGGACCUCCGGAAGCAGGUGGACAUUUUGAGCGAGUCACUCAGAAAGGUGACUCGCCACUACCGCCUGCUGCAGAGGAGGUCGCGGGGUAAACCAUCUAGCCAGCUCGCCCUAGUGACCGGCAGGCUGCUGUCUUCCCUUCGCCUCCCCGCGCCGGGAGAGGCCGAGGCCGAGGAAGAGGAGCCCUUGGCCCUCACCUUGGAGGAGGAACCAGCCUGCCAAGACUCGGGUCUCCAGGCCCCCGCCCCCCAGGCCGCCGGCCAAGGCGUCGACCUCCUCUCCGGAGAAGCACCCCUUCCCGGACCACGUGGAGGCUCUGAACGUCCUCCUCGAGGAGUACCGGGGCCACCAGGAGGGGGCGGAUCCUGGACCGAGGCUCGUAAACAACGUGGCCUCCAAAAUAUUCAGGAUCCGCCACUUCAUUGGGUACAUGGCGGCGUGGCAGACGGACCUGGCCAGCCUGGGCUUCCUCAACCACACGGCAAGGAUGCGGUCUUGGCACAACAGCCUGAACCAGGCCAAGAUCGCGGAGCCGACUGUGCACCACUAUCUCAAAAACGUGGCCCAGUUCCUGGCCUACGUGGCCGAGACCCCGCCCCCGGGAGAUAAAGACGAUGAUCCGGUCAGUGCGGUGGAAAGUGGACAUGCACGAGGUGAGGGUUAAACAGGCCAAGGAGGGCCGCCUCAUCGCCAAGGCCACUCUCCGCCAGUGCGUCGCCUCCGCCAAGGCCGCCAUCCCUGACAUCCUGGCCCAUCUCAGAGAGACAGCCGACAGGGCCCUGCAAUGGUCCUUCUACGGGCACCUCACCGCCUACCUGGCCUGUAUCUACGGCCAUCGCGGUGGGGUGUUCCAAAACAUGACCAUUGCGGAGGUGGAGGUGGCCAAGACCGGAUCGCAGGAGGGGUGCUUCGUGAUCAACAUCUCGACUCAUAAGACCAACCAGGCCUUCGGGGCGGCACAGCUGGCCUUGAGUGGCGAGGAGUACGGGUGGCUGGCCGACUUCCUGGACAUGAGGCCCUACUUGGUUGGAGGUGAACACGCGCACUACUUUUUCUUCACCUCCAAGCCCAGCUCGUGCAAGAACCUGAAUCAAUACUUUCAGGAGGCAUGGGCUGGGACGGGCCUCCCGGGGAGUCCGACGUUUACGGACAUCAGGACCUCCAUCGCCACUCACGCCAAGAACUUGCACACCCCCGGGGAUCGGCAGAAGGUUGCGCAGUUCAUGUGCCACGACACCUCCAUGGCCGACCGGUUCUACGCCCUGAACCUGGAUGCCAGGCAGGCGGCCGAAUGCCGCCGCCUGUUCGAGGCGGCCGUGGAGGGUGAGGACACCGCCCCGGGGUCCCCGAAGUCCAAGUCGGGGAAAAGGCCGGCAAAGAGUUCGGGCAAGCGCCGGGCACCUGCCACCAGCCCGCCCACCUCCUCCAGCCCGUCGCCCUCUGGCAGCCCGUCGGGGGAGCAACGCCCGGGGAAUCCGCUUCCGAGACGACUGCGCCGUCCAAGCGGCGCAAACAGGGCACGUCAAAGAAGAAGGGAUUCCCUCGGGCUCACCUAUCACCCCUGAAGCGGAUGAUGCUGCUGAAGGUUGCCAAGAGGGCACGGAAACAAACCGUUUUCUUUUAAAUUUUUAUUUACAUUUUCUUUCAU